CCAACCCUAGUAGGAGCUGAAUCGGAUCCAAUCCAACCCAUAUAAACCUCGUUCACAACCAAUUUAGGGUUUUCAGAGGAGUUAACUAAAGUAGCUAUACUCGCCGGAAACUUCCAUCCCUCCGUAAUCCUCACAGCGCCGCCGCCGCAAUGAUCAUUUCUGAGAAGAACCGAAGAGAGAUCUCAAAAUAUCUCUUCCAAGAGGGAGUUUGCUAUGCCAAAAAGGAUUACAAUUUGGCGAAGCAUCCGUUGAUUGAUGUGCCGAAUCUCCAGGUGAUAAAGCUUAUGCAGAGCUUCAAAUCGAAGGAGUAUGUGAGGGAAACUUUUGCUUGGAUGCACUAUUACUGGUAUCUUACAAACGAUGGCAUUGAGUUCCUCAGGACGUACCUUAACCUUCCCUCUGAGAUUGUCCCCAACACUCUCAAAAAGUCUGCCAAGCCCCUCGGCAGGCCAAUGGGCGGCCCUCCUGGUGACCGUCCACGUGGACCGCCCAGGUUUGGUGAUGGGGAGAGAAGGUUCGGUGACAGAGAUGGAUACCGAGCAGGUCCACGAGGCCCACCCGGUGAAUUUGGAGGCGAGAAGGGUGGAGCUCCUGCUGAUUACCAGCCUGCCUUCAGGGGUGGUGCGGGAGGAAGACCUGGAUUUGGUCGCGGUGCUGGAGGAUUUGGUGGCGGUGCACCCCCAAGUUCAAGCUUCUCUUAAAUGUUUAUUUUGUUGGGUUCCUAGUUGUAGGGGAUGCAAACAAUCUGAAGCAUUUGGAUACUACAUUUACCCUCCUUGUUCAAUCAACAAUGUCAGAAAAUGAUGUUUUUAAUGAGUGUUCCUCUGAACUAGUGCAAAUUUUGAUUUUGGAUUUUAAUUUUAUCGUCAU